AACCCUGCUCUACGCCGAGAAUGGAGAUCUCUUAAUCCAGAGGAACAGGAACAAUACCUCACGGCUGUUAAAUGCUUGACACAAAACCCCUCUCGACUAGGCCUGCCGACCACUCGGUAUGAUGAUUUCGUAUACGUCCACAUCAAGUUGUACGACGGAGCACAUAACGUUGCCCCUUCUCUACCCUGGCACCGAUAUUUUAUUUAUGUUUUUGAGAAGACACUGCGGAGCGAGUGCGGAUAUAAUAAUUAUCUACCGUACUGGGACUGGACACUUGAUAGCGCACAGCCGGAGCAUUCGCCCAUAUGGUCACCUCAGAUAGGAUUUGGCGGCAACGGAGACGCGAGUUCUCACUGCGUUCAGGACGGAUAUUUCCUGGAUAUCUCGCCGCAGUACCCUUCGCAGCACUGCCUCAGACGCAACUUCACCGCUGGCAUGAACGGAUUUAACUAUACGGCAGAUAUCAUUUCCGAACUCAUACAGAACGCAAAUACAUAUGAGGAAUUUAGGUCGCGCCUGGAAAGUGGUCCGCAUAAAUCAGUGCACAAUGGCAUUGGCGGAGAGAUGCCUACUGACGCUUCACCAAACGACCCGAUAUUCUAUGUACAUCAUGCUCAGAUUGACCGACUCUGGUGGAAUUGGCAACGAAAGCGCCCCGACGAGAGGUUUCGAGAGUACUUUGGACCUCUGACUAUAGAGAAUGGGAGCAAGCCCGAGGCGUUUUCGGCAAGCCUCCAAGACACGAUCCAAAUGCUGGGCCUCGCGGAAGACCGGACUGCAUCGGAUGUCAUGACGAUCGAAUCCGGUCUAUUCUGUUAUACAUAUAUUAGAUGA